AUGGAUAUCUACUUGAUGAUUUGCUGUCACAAGACAACAAUCUCCACUGAGACCAAAGAGACAACAACUGUGCAUAAGUUGAAAAAGGUGGUGGCGGGAAUACUGAAGAGCUCACCAGAGGAGGAGCAGUGGCUCUACAAAGAUGACCAGCUGCUGGAUGAUGAUUAUAGGACUUUGUUAGACUGUGGCUUAAGCAGCCAAAGCUGCUGUCCUCAUAUUCCUGCCACAGUGGGCUUGGCUUUAUUCAGACCUGGCAAUGGCACCUUUGAACCACUGCAUAGCGACCCCUUCUCAAGCACCCCAGAGCUACCUGAUGUUAGGAUCACAGGCAGCAGCUCUAGUGAGCAAGCCUUGCGUUAA